UUUUUUCUCGUGUGAUAAAACGUCUCAUAUCAACGCAAAGAAACAAGAGAUUUGAACACAAAAGAAGAAAAGUGCGUGUUUUGGGCCUGGUUGGUUUGAUGUUUUUGCUUGGAUUCACAUGGGUCUUUGCAUUCUUCGCUGUUAGCAGAGCGACAAAAGUGUUUGAUUAUCUUUUUUCUAUAUUCAAUACCCUUCAAGGAAUGUUUAUCUUCACAUUCUAUUGUCUAUACAAGAAAGAUACCAGAGAUAUCAUCAAAGAGUCCGUGAAUAAACGAAAGAGAGCGAAUCCCAGGAGAGUUGUCGCCGGCAGAAGAUUUGGUAAUGAAAUCGAGGAUAGAACAGCAGAAACAAAUUUCUAAAUGAAAAUUGAAAAAGUGCCUUCAAAAAUCGCUUCGAUAAUAUUUUACGUCAUAAAAUAAUAUUUUCUCCA